UCCGGGUGACUUCUGGACAAGAAUCCCUUUUAUUUUAAGCUUUUUUUGUGUGUGUGAAUAUAAAAGCAAAAGCCGUGAGCUGUGAGGUAAUUAAACGUCUUAAAAUGAACAGAAUAUUCGGACGCGGGAAGCCCAAAGCGCCUCCUCCGAACCUGUCGGACUGUAUCAGCACUGUGGAUGCCAGGGCAGAAUCCAUAGACAAGAAAAUAGGCAGGCUGGAUGCUGAGCUUUUAAAGUACAAGGAUCAGCUGAAGAAGAUGAGAGAUGGGCCCUCCAAGAAUAUGGUGAAGCAAAAGGCGAUGAGAGUCCUGAAGCAGAAGAGAAUGUAUGAAGGUCAGAGGGAACAGCUGGUUCAGCAGUCGUUCAACAUGGAGCAGGCAAACUACACGAUCCAGACCCUAAAGGACACCAAAACUACAGUGGAUGCCAUGAAGACUGGGGCGAAGGAAAUGAAAAAGGCCUACAAGGAUGUCAAACUUGAUCAGAUUGACGAUUUACAGGACCAGCUGGAGGACAUGAUGGAGGACGCCGGCGAGGUCCAGGAAGCCCUGAGCCGCAGCUACGGCGUUCCGGACAUCGACGAGGAGGACUUGGAAGCAGAGCUGGAUGCGCUGGGUGAUGAGCUGCUGCUGGACGAUGACAGCUCCUACCUGGACGAGGCUUCAUCUGCUCCGUCGAUUCCUGAGGGGAACCCCAGCGACAGCAAAACGAACAAGGACGGUGUUUUGGUGGAUGAGUUUGGUUUGCCGCAGAUUCCCGCCACAUAAACUCAACGGAUCACAUUUAAACGGCUGCACUUCACCUGAAACACUUUUCUAUGUAGAGCAACAUUUAUAGUGUCUGACCUGCAGACACGUCUCUGUUCAAGCUGCCUCUGUUGUUUUGUUUCUGCGACUGGUCGCCACGUGGAACAAACUGAACCUCCUUUAAAACGGCGUUCCUCCUCUUUGUCUGUCAUUUUCUUCAACUUGUCAGUGUUUUCAUUAAUUUAUUUCAACUUUUUU